UGAUCAAUUACCCCCACACUCCACACCGAAAGGGAGAUGAAAGAACAAGCUACCGCUUCUUUCUCGGUCUCCCUCAAUUCUCCCCUGUGCCUGAAAUUAGCGAAGAACAAACAACCCCCACCAGAUCUACUCCCGCCAUAUCAAAACAGGAUCCAAUUGGAAGUCAAACUUCCAUUAUUACCUUCUUCACCAUCACCAUCAUCACCUUGGUAGGUCUUUGCCAUGCCUUCUUCAUCCUCACCUCCUCGCGGCCAUGCAGAGCAAUGGAGAGCCCCUGAGAUUUCAGUCCCUGAUCUGCUGCACCAUUCUCCAUCCCGCUCCUCUUCUUCCUCUUCCGCUUCCCUCUCCAGGCCCACUUCCUCCUUCAUCGCUUCUGCAAUUUCGUGGGCGUUCCCAAUUCGCGGCCAUGGCGCUCCUAGCAAGUCCCACCGCAAGAAGUCCCAGCGGAGACGACGAGUCCAUCUUAUGCUCGCUCUACUUGGGUUGCUAGCCUCGUUCUUCCUCCUCAAUUGGUUUAUGCUUUUUCGUCUCCAGGAUCCUGGUGAUGAUGAUGGUGGCGGUGGACCUCUUCAUCUCCUCUCCUCCAUCAAUCCUUCUCGUCAUCUUCCCUCCUCAUUCAAGGAAGAGUUGAGAAAAAUGGGCAAAGGAAAAAAAUGGAAACAUGGUAUCUACGCAAGGAUGUUAGCUUUGGCUGCCCAUGCGCUUGCAGAGAAUAAGCAUGAGCCAAAAGAUUUGUGGGAAGAGCCAUUCAUCCCUGCCUCUGCUUGGACACCCUGUGCUGAUCAGCGUAACUGGACACGCAGUGAGGGAAACAAUGGUUACAUUAUGAUCACUGCAAAUGGUGGGAUAAAUCAGCAGCGAGUAGCUGUCUGCAAUGCUGUUGUUGUUGCCCGGUUGCUGAAUUCCACUCUUGUAAUUCCUAGCUUCAUGUACAGCAGUGUCUGGAAGGACGUAAGUCAAUUCGGGGAUAUCUAUCAGGAAGAGCAUUUCAUAGAGUACCUGAGUCCUGAUAUUCGGAUAGUGAAGGAACUUCCUGAGGAGCUGCAGUCUCUUGAUCUAGAGGCAAUUGGUAGUAUUGUUACGGAUGUUGAUAUUAUGAAAGAAGCCAAGCCAAGUUUUUAUUUGAAAAAUAUACUUCCUUUACUGCAUAAGAACAAAGUUGUGCAUUUUGUUGGAUUUGGGAAUCGCUUGGCAUUUGAUCCAAUACCAUUUGAUCUGCAGGUAAAUCUCUUGUUUUUUUGUUACUUCCUCUAUUUCCUUCAACUUUAUGGACAGUUGUAACCAAUGGUAUGCGAGAUUGCCAGCAUUCACUCCUUUUCUCUUUUUUCUUCCUAAUAUGGGUGACUUCAUCUAGAGACUUCGCUGCAGAUGUAAUUUUCAUGCGCUAUUAUUUGUUCCCAAAAUACAAGAAGCAGGUGCUCUGCUGCUUCGGAGGUUGCGGAAUCAUGCACCUUAUCAGGGACGGCUGGAUCACUCUCUUGUUGGUCCUUAUUAUGCAGAACCGAAAAUGGGUGGGGGCAAUGCUGUAAAAUCUUCGAGGUAUCUAGCAUUGCACCUGAGAUUUGAAAUUGAUAUGGUCGCACAUUCAUUGUGUGAAUAUGGUGGAGGCCAAGAAGAAGCAGAAGAAUUGGAAGCAUACCGCAAGAUCCAUUUUCCUGCGCUAACACUUCUUAAGAAGACAAGGAAGCUACCUUCUCCUGCUGCACUGAGAUCAGAGGGUCUGUGCCCUUUAACUCCUGAAGAAGCAGUGCUCAUGCUGUCUGCUCUUGGUUUCAAUCGGAGAACCCGUGUCUUUGUGGCAGGGGCAAAUAUAUAUGGAGGGCCUUCACGAUUAGCUGCUUUAACCAAUUUGUUCCCCAAUUUGGUCACCAAAGAGAAAUUGCUCUCAGCAUCUGAAAUUGAGCCAUUCGCCAACUUCUCAUCUCAGUUGGCAGCGCUGGACUUCAUAGGAUGCACGGCUGCAGAUGCUUUCGCAAUGACAGACUCAGGAAGCCAGUUGUCAUCUUUGGUGUCUGGAUACAGAGUAUAUUAUGGGGGAGGCAGGAUGCCAACGAUACGGCCAAAUAAGAGGAGACUGGCUGGUAUAUUCAUGAAGAACUCGACCAUAGAAUGGAAAGUGUUUGAGCAAAGAGUUAGGAAAGCAGUUAGACAGACGAAACACGUGUUUGAGAGGCCCAAGGGUCGGAGCGUGUACAGAUUUCCAAGGUGCAAGGAGUGCAUGUGUGUUGCUGAAGAAGCAGCAGCAGCAGAUGUUGUAACAAAAACAAAAAGAAAGAGAAGGCAUUAAUAUACCUUGCUGUAAUUGUUGUUGUUCUUGUUGUAUUCAUUCUUUGUCCAUUAAACACAUACCCAAUCUCCAAGUUUAUUCUCUAUUUUACUGGCAGGUAAAUAGUAUCUUUAUAUUAUUUAACAAUGAGCAGGUAAACAGUAUGAUACAGGGAAACUACUCACUCGGUUUUGUUAUUGCACCUCUGUCAUAGGUUAACCCAACUGGUUUGAUUUUCAGUAUGUACGGUUUCACAAUCCUUAAUUUCCCUGACAUCGCAGGAGUUACAACGUUGGAAGAACGGGAUGAAUCGACAGUGGAAGUCGGACGAUGUGAUCCAAACUUCCAGUUAAAACAAUUUCGCCGAAGCUGAAUGCAUUCAGUGCUUGUGUGGCAUUGAACUCCAUGUGAAUCGCUUGAGUUUCCAUUGGAGCGAUUCUGAACCAAGUCGGAGAGAGCGUUACUGAUGUUCCAUUUGGGGACAAGACGGAGCAGAGAUAUGUCUCAGGUUUGCUGCCUACGCUCGUGAAACUCCGCUGUAUUUGUACAGGCUGUCCAACUCGCAACGCAGAGAUGGUCACCGAUGGGAGGUUGAGGUCAGCUGGGUGAGCCAAUGGUCGACUGCACGACGCUCCAGUAGCAGCCCUGACCUUGACCCAAUCGACACUGGACAGGGAGCACAGGAAGUCGAUGUAAUCUUCAAACUUCGACGACAAGACGAGGCCUGGAUCGAGCGCCCGGGCAGGAUUAAUGAGGCCUGCACCAAAUCCGAAGUAGGUGGAAGGAUGAACACCAUAAAGGUCGGGCUCUUCUGCCGAAAUGAGGUCCCCCUGGGAGUCAUACUUGGAGGCCGUGGUGGAAAUGGCAGAUGCGAUCAUGGAAGGAUUCCAGGAAGGAUGGCAUUGCUUGAUGAGCGCUGCUAUUCCUCCAACAUGAGGAGUCGCCAUGCUUGUCCCAGAUAGCAGCGCGAAACUGUACCCAACUAGUAACGGCUCCAACACGCUGAGGGGGCUCCAUGCAGCCCAUACUUGAUCUCCUGGCGCAAGAAUAUCUGGCUUCAGCACAUCAGCAGCUUGACGGCUCUGGCUCUGGGCAUCAGCAUAAUCAGGUCCCCUCGAGGAGAACCUGCUCACAAUUGGAGCUCUCCCUCCGAACUUCGCAACUCUGCCUUCUCCUAUACUUGCUCGUCCAUGGAACUCGGUCACGUGUCCCAUCUCAUCUCUGCUGAUGUGCUGCUCGUAGUACCUUAACACGGUCUGCAUCUGGGUGUCGGCGAGUUUUGGGAUGAUGAUGCCGGCUGGAGCAUCAAAUGGGAUAGGUUGUGCAAUGAAAUCUCCAUAAGCAGGAUUCGCAACAAGAACAAACCCCAUGAAUCCCAGGUGUGCAGCAGUUUGAGUUAUGGCGGCCAGGGUGGAGG